AUGGGGAAGCAUCCGGUGCAGAUGAGAGCAGUGGUGUACUCGCUGUCGCCGUUCCAGCAGAAGGUGAUGCCUGGGCUGUGGAAGGACUUCACCGGCAAGAUCCACCACAAGGUCUCCGAGAACUGGCUCAGCGCCACUCUCCUUCUCGCUCCUCUCGUCGCCACCUACACGUAUGUGCAGCAAUACCAAGAGAAGGAGAAGUUGGAACACAGGUACUGA